AUGUUUUCCGUACGCCGGAUCUUUACCUAUAACGUAGUAUUUUGCACAGCAACUCUCAUUGGAUAUGGUUCCGGCUACCUGAACGGCGUGCUUGCUGCGAAUGACUUUGCGCAAAGAUACGGUGUGACGGAUACCUCUGGGAACUACUACCUGACUUCAGAGACGAGAUCACUCUUCUCAUCCAUAUUUGCAGUCGGUACCAUAAUUGGCUCGGGUCGCAAGGGAGGCUUCCUCCUGGCGGGCUUCCUUUACACAGUCGGCAUUAUUCUCCAACUCAUUGGGACCGUCUCUACAGCCUUCAUCGUCGGUAGAGUGCUUCUGGGAAUGGCCCUUGGUAUCAUAUCGAUCACGACACCAACUUACCUGAUCGAGAGCUCUUCUGGAUCUUCCAGAGGAAGACUGAUGGCUCUCUACUGUCAGUUCUUGACCUGUGGCAACGUUCUGGCUUGCGGCAUCAGCAUGGGCACUGCCACGAUCCCAGAAUCAGGCAGUUGGCGUGUGACAGUGGGAUUCCAGUUAUUUCUUGCGCUAGUAGUCCUUUCCGGUGGCAUAUUCGCACCCGAGUCACCCCUGAUCCUGACAAAGCUUACGAGACACGACGCAGCUCGGCAAUCCAUGUCGGUCCUUCGGAACCAGGAACUAGACUCGCUGGAGCUUGAUGUAGCCAUGCAAGAGAUACGAGAAACGCUUAGUGACCAGACGAAAUUCGGCACAAAACAUCUCGAGGAGUGUUUCCAGGGCCCCAACCUCCCUCGGACUCUUCUCGGAUCGACAAUGGGAUUCAUGACUAUUGCUACUGGGGUGACUUUCUGGUUCAGCUACGGCACCACGUUCUUCGCUGCUGCGGGUGUUCGCAAUUCCUACCUUGUGUCGCUCAUCCUAGCGUUGGUCAAUGCGAUCUUUACGGCACCCUCAGUUUUUUUCAUCGAGAAAGCUGGCAGUAGACCUUGCCUUCUCGUCGACGGUGUCAUCAUGGGUGUUGCACAACUUGCAACGGCUGUUCUACAUACGGUGUCUCCUGGUAGUAGCGCAAGCCGGAAUUGUCUGGUCGCUGGCUCAGUCAUCUCCAUCGCCGCUUACGCAUGCACCUGGGGCAGCUUCGGUGAGUAUGGAUUGUCCACAUGGACAAUCGGAUUUGUCGUUCCGUACAUCGUGGACCCAACGUCGGGAGAUCUGGGAACCAACAUAGCUUACUUGUGGACUGGCACGGUCGCUGUCUCGCUCGUAUGGGCGUAUCUAUGUGUUCCCGAACUCGCUGAUCUGUCAAAGCUCGAAGUUAAUAUGCUUUUUGAGCAGAGGGUCCCUACCACGCGCUCCGUGAGAUGGCAGCAGCAAUUGCGUAUCACUACAGGCAUCAGACCUGAGUAG